CUUCUAUAAAUGUUCCUAGACUACCCUCUCAACCAGGGGGUCUGAAAGGGGCAAAACGAUCUCGUUCGUCCGUUUCACAGCACAGUAAAGUUCUGAAACCCGCUUUUCACCUCAGCCGUUGGAUGUAGUAAGUUUUUCUGUACCGGCCGCUGCUUGUUCUAGGUGCAUGACGGCUGGGCCCGUGCAUGAGUGGGGCCGUUUGUUUGAGACAGCAAGCAUCCGUGCUCGCGUGGCUCAGAAAAACAAAGAGAGACAGCGGCGGCUCGGCCUACCCUCUCACUCAGUGUGGCUGCGCUGCCUCCUCUCCUCUCUGCUCCCAUGCUUGCUCGCGGCGACAGGGUGCUCCAGUGCCGGGUACGACACGGCCGGCGGCGGUGCGGCAGCAGCUUCGAGGAGCCGGGGUUGCGGCGGCCAGGACGCCCGCCCAAGCGACCCCCGCCGCCGGCCACACAUGAGCUUGGUCGAGAAGGGCGUCCACACCCGCCGGUGCUCGAGAUCUGGCGGAUGGAGGGUUGCAGCGGCGGCGGGAUCGAUCUUGGUCGUCACUCCAACCUGCAGAGCUCCGUGAUCGCGGAGAACCGAUCCAUGGGGGCGUCGGGGAAGUGGAUCAAGACGCUGGUGGGGCUCAAGCCGGCGACCGCAGCGGAGAAGCACGGCAAGGGGCGCAAGUGGAGCCGGCUGUGGCGGAGCUCCUCCGGCGGGCAGGGCCAGCGGGGCGCCGCGUCGGCGGCGGCCUCCGAGGUCUCCGAGACCUCGUCCUCCGCCGCCGCCGACGCGCUCAGCUCCGUCGUCGCGGCCGUCGUGCGCGCCAUGCCCGGGGACUUCCGCGUCAUCCGCCACGAGUGGGCCGCGCUCCGCAUCCAGACCGCCUUCCGAGGAUUCCUGGUACGCACACGCCGAUGCCUUCGCUCGCGUCCCCCUCCCUCAAAAAUCCCAGCUUCUUCAGAGUUUAACCUUGUUCGAUCUCUCUCUGCGCGCAGGCCAGGCGGGCGCUGA